UAAAACUAAAAUAUAUAUUUAACAUUUACAGAUUUCUCGCAUUUCCUGGAGAAAAAAAUAAAGCUUUUGGAGUUCCUCUUACAGUUUUCAUUUCUUCCUCUUUCCAAUUUUCGAUCUCUGCUUUUUUCUCUGUAUUUUCUAAAUUAUCGGAAUUUAGAGGAGAAGUGAUGUCAGGAUCGGAGACCGGAGUGAUGACGAGCACUACAAGGGAGCCAUUCGGCGUUGUAUCGCCACAACCGGUCAUACAAAACAUGCGUUUAGCUUUCGGCGCUGACGGUUCUUCCGUAUACAAACCAAUGGCCACUACCACCAACUCACCGUCCUACCAACCCUCUCCCUCCGCCGCCUCACCAGGAGGUUUUGUGGAAGGAGGAUCCCUUGGGAUUAAUGUGAACAUGGGGAGCGGGAAUGAUGCAAUGAAGAGAAAAAGAGGAAGACCUAGAAAGUAUGGGCCAGAUGGCACUAUGGCAUUGGCUCUUGUAUCUGCACCACAGUCUGUCGGUAUAACCCAGCCAGCUGGUGGCGGUGGUUUCUCUACUCCUACUUCUGCCGCUGCUACAAGCGUGGGUCCUAGUACUACUACUAUUGCGGCUAAUCCAUCCCUUCCUUCGGGAGGCGGCGGCGGCUCAGUGUCGCCAACUGGUAUUAAGAAAGGGCGAGGGAGACCUCCUGGUUCUUCUAACAAAAAGCAACAACUUGAAGCUUUGGGAUCAGCAGGUUUUGGAUUUACGCCACAUAUUAUCACUGUGAAAGCUGGAGAGGAUGUAUCAUCAAAAAUAAUGUCUUUUUCUCAACAUGGGCCGAGGGCUGUUUGUAUCCUGUCAGCAAAUGGUGCCAUAUCCAACGUGACUCUUCGCCAACCGGCCACGUCUGGUGGAAGUGUAACUUAUGAGGGGAGAUUCGAAAUUCUGUCACUGUCUGGUUCAUUUCUGCCAUCAGAAAAUGGGGGUCAAAGGAGCAGAACUGGGGGGUUAAGUGUGUCUUUAUCUGGCCCAGAUGGUCGUGUGCUAGGUGGUGGUGUGGCUGGUCUUCUAUUGGCUGCUUCCCCUGUUCAGGUAGUUGUAGCAAGUUUCAUUUCAGAUGAUCGCAAGGAAUUAAAGUCGCCAAACCAUCUUGAACCCUUAUCUGCAAUGAAUAGGCUUACUCCAGUUAUGGGGACAACCGGGCCGAGCAGCCCACCAUCACGGGGUACUUUCAGUGAAUCCUCAGGUGGACCAGGCAGUCCACUUAACCAGAGUACUGGAGCCUGCAAUAACAGCAACCUUCAAGGCAUUUCAAGCAUGCCAUGGAAGUGAAGCCUUCUGUGACUUGUAGCCUUCUGUGACUUGUGUCUGACUAGUCUCUGUAGUAGGCUUGCAGCCUGAUGUGUUAUACCCUAGACCUCUGAAGGAGUCGCUUACAGAAUAUUUUCCUUUUUUUUUUUCUUAGCUCAAAUGCAUGUUUGCCGGAAAGCCCAGUUAGGUAGUAAGGCAUCCCUUUGCGAGGUGGUGAAGUUGGAGGAAUUCUCAUGCUUUUAGGUUGUAGAAUGAGAUGAGUAGCUUGACCUGUGUUGGCUUAUUGUAGUUUCUUUUUUACCCUUUUUUUUGUUGUUGAUGCCUUGUAUAAUUGAACUCCUCCCUGUUUAUCUAUCAUCAAGGCCUUGCAGGCGCCACAGGUUUUGUUUAAAA